AGGUGCAUGAACGAGACGAGACGACGAAAGAACCAUCCCUGGAAGAAGGAACGAUCAAGGAUUUCGGAUCUCGCGACUCCUGCGCAUGGCUAAGAACUGCACGUCGCGAAGUAUAAGAACUGGCAACACCACAUCCGAAUAAGAGAAGGCCCCUAAGAGCCAACCAAGCAAGGCGCCAAUUCGUUUCUGCAUCAAACCCAACCCAAGACAUUCAGCACGAAACAUAAGGACAACGCCACCAUGCUCGCCAUAACAAUCAUCUCCACCUUCGCUGCCUUAGCAGCAGCACAAAAUCUGUUCGCAGGCGGCUAUGGCCAACAACCCAGCUGCACCAUAACUCAAACCCCAACAUCCUACACCUGCUGCGGACCAAUCGCAGCCGCAACUGCAACUUCAUACACAAACUGCGGAGGCUGUGCCCUGGAGACCGACGAAUCCAGUUUCCCACUCUGUCGCUGCGUAUCGCCACCACCAAUCGUUGCCUUUCUCACCAGCACAAUCACAGCCUGCGCGCCAACAACAACCAGCUCUCUCACGACUAAAUACAAUGCCAAGUGCACGAAGAACAUCACCAAAACGAAGCCUGCGUGCGGCGACUGCGGGCACGUCUAUGCGACGACUAAGACUUCGUUGACGAAUUGUGGAGGGUGCGCGUUGGCGACGCAGACAGUGGAGGAUGAGGGUGCGUUUGGUAUCUGUGCGUGUCCUACUGAGAGUGUAACGACUGUGACUGCUUGCAAGAGAGCAGCACCUACUCCUUAUUCUUGAGAAGGAGGGUUUGAAUUUUGAUUCAUGGAUUCUCGUUUUCGAAAAAAGAUGCUUGAGCUUGAGUGAUGGUGGUUGUCGCGUGACACAUCUCACGACCGCGCGCGCGGAACAGAAAAGCAUCUAAUUUUGGUAUUUACUGAUCGUUAUUCUCUUCAUGUGAUAGCUUUCCUACAAAGCAAAGUGUUUAUUUGAUACACUCA